AUUCGACCUGUCUUUAAUAAUGGGAGAUCUUAUACGGACUAAACAGGCGUUCGCCGCCGCCAGCGGGUUUUUGAAUCCGGUUCUUCAAAGAGAGGAAAUUCAGAAAUCCCGUGGAACCUCUCUUCUGGAUAUACUCAACAGCAAUCUACUGGAACCAGCUUCAGAUGAUUCUGUGAGGGCCACUGUUAUCGGAAAGGCAUUAGACUUUCUUUCACGCAUCCAUGCGGCCUUCACAGCAGAGGAAGAACAAUCACAAGUCAGCCCCGAUACAGAAGAUGUUGCCCUGGAAGAUGCAAAGCGACGCCGGAUUCUCCAUGCGCUACUGGAUCUCGUCUCUCUAGAGGGUAUUUACCCUUCACUAUCAACCGGAGUGGGAAUACCUUUGCAGCAGAGAGUGAUCUCUGUUCUGCCCGCUGGGGUUAUUGCCAAACAGUCUGACGCGCCUUCAAGUGGCAAACCUCAUGAUGAACUGCUGUUAGAUCGUAUCCUGCUGACGUUGUCUGGCAUUAUUCUGGAUACAAGGCCUAGCAUACAGCCUGUUGUGCGUGGCCGGAUUCUAAGCGACAUCAUCAGCGGGUCGUUAGAUUUAGCCUUCAAUUCGAAGAGUAUAUCUGCCGAGAGGAGGGAUCAUUACCAGAAUGCUGCUUCCCGGGUCAUUGAAGAUACCCCGAGCUCCGUCCUCUUGUCAACGUUAUCAGCCUUCCUCCAGUCUGAAACUACUCCGUGGUUCAAGGCCCAAAUCUCCGGCUAUAUAUCCCGCCUCCCUCUGCGUCAUGAGGGAGUCCUGCAAACUAUCCUUUUUGUCACGUCCCAAUUCGCGCCUUCGCUGGGUCGUGAAGCGCAGGAUCAAGCAUCCAACGGACCGCAUUUCACCGUGCAGGCUAUUAUGCACGUCUCACGGCUACUAUCUUCUGUACCGCAAGACAUGGACCCGGUGGCUUACCUUUCUGCGAUUGCGCCUCAGCUUUUGUCGUUGCUUGAUGGAGAUGACCCGGAUCUGAAAAAGACCGCAUCAUAUGUCGUGGGCAGUGGGAUUUUGGGAAAACGGGCGUACGGGGCACCCGGGAAGAUAGGACACAUGAUAUUCGUGGAACCGAUCUUUAAAGCUCUCACCGCAGAACGCGAUGCUUCUGCUAGACGAUGGUUGACCACUUCUGGCGAUGCAAGUAAUGCUUCUUCAGGAAAGGAACUCACUGAUGGGUUCACGCUGCAUCUUGCUAUCGACAGGCUGAAGACCCUGACACUCCAACAUCCAAACCCAGGACUUGUGAAGAGACUCGUGUAUCCUAUACUUGUCCCGCUCUGGGGAUUAGCCUCUUUCGCCAAAGAACAGCAACAAACCACUCUCCAUGGAAGUGUCAUGGCCUUGCUGCAGACAUAUUUCGGUGUGUCUGUAGGAGUGCAACCGCUAAAGAAACUCGUUGACCAUUUCCUAUGGAACGGAGGCCCUACGUGGACAUACGGAGUGGAUGCCAAAGGCCAGGUAUCAUUGAAAAAGCGCGAUCCUUCUCACAAGGAUCAAUUCAACGUCAUCAAACUCGUGGACUCGCUGCAAUCCCGCAUCGAGAUGUUUGUUAGGUUACUAGGAUCCGAUCCAAGUAGCGAAGAGCGAACAGGGGAUAUUUUUCUGUGCGUGAGUGAGAAUUGGCUUGUCAAGGACUCAUCUGCACAGCGUCCACUGGAUCAAUUGCAGCUCCCUUCUGAGAAAGAUGAAUCAGAAGCCAUCCUUCAGAAGCUAAUCAGCGCGAAAUUGGCAGAAAAGCUGCUGGAUAACUUCAAGGAUACCCUCUCCCGUCGUCCUCUUCGCGUCCUCGAGCUUAUUAAACAUAUCAUCGAUGGCGAAUCCGGUCUAGCGUCUACACGGACAAAAACGAAGAAUGCGUCUCUUGCAUCGCUGGCCAGCAUUGUCAACAAAGACGAUGAAGAAAAACCAGAAUCUUCAACCGAAAAUGACUCGACUGAGUCCUUAUCCACAGCAUUCAGUCUACUUUCUACCGUCCUCGCUUCCCCAGAAUUCGCAGUCUCAAACGAAACCCGACCAGUUCUGGAAAGCAUCAAAACACAACUAGACCUACUAGUCCCACACCUACCAUCAUCGCUCACAAAACCAGCAACGACAUCCUCCAUGCUACUCGAGAUCCACCUAACAUCCCCAGAACACAUCGGAGCAAAACAAACAUCGCCAAAUGUGUCCGACCUCGACACCCACCGUCAAGCUCUAACAAACCUCACCUCCGACCUCCCACCAGUCCAAGCAGAAGGCUUCUCACUUCUAUCUAACCUGAUCAAGAAAUCCUCCCCAGUCCUCGAUAUCCCAUCCACCCUGACCCUCCUCCUAUCAAUCAUAACAAAUGAAUCCGAAACAGCAGCCAACGAAGACUUCAUCUACCUAAACGCGAUAAAGCUAAUCGGAACCCUCGCUUCGCGACACCCGCGUACCGUCGUCAAAACACUCGUCAAUCGAUACACGGACAACUCUGAGACCGCGACUCUCGACCAACGGCUGAAAAUCGGUGAAUCGCUACUUCGUACCGUGCAGAAUCUCGGAGAAGCACUUACAGGCGAGACGGCCAAGAUACUAGGUGAAGCCAUGAUAUCCGUUGCAGGACGACGAGGCCACAAACCGCAAGCGCAAAAGGCGCGCAGAGAACAACUCGAGAGGGAAAAACGACAGCAAGAACGUGAAGCUCGUCGAAAGGAGAAGGAAAAUGCCAUGCCACCUGGUUGGAACAUCACUUCUGCCUCGAUCACGGAAGAAUUAGGAAAACAUCUCCAAGAGCACGAGGAUGAAGAUGAAGACACCGAAACACCCGAACAAAACGCUCACGCUGCAAAUAUCAUCUCCGCCUGGGCUGAAGGUUCCAAGUCAGAUGAAGAACCAGACGACCUCCGCGUCCGCGCUUCAGCUUUAUCCAUCCUCGCAUCCGCCGUGCAGACAAAUCUCGCAGGCUUGGGUUCAGCAAUUGCAUCGUCAGCUGUGGAUCUCGCUCUCGCGACUCUUACGUUAGAGCCAGAUGCCGAAUCCGCGAUCCUCCGUCGUGCAAGCGUGGUUCUUCUACUUGAUAUCCUCAAGGCCCUCGACACAGCACGCGAAACACGCGGAAGCACGGGACUUGACUUUGGCUUCUCGCUCUCGGAGGAUCUUUCCCAGGGUACUAAUUAUCCUGGUAGGGGCUCUAUCAGGAAUCUGCCACGUAUGCUCCGGACGUUGCAUUUUAUGGAGGGCCAUGAGACGGAUAGUAUUGUUCGGGGCCACAUUCGGGUUCUGAUUGAGAGUCUUGAGGCUUGGACGGAUAAGUCUUUGCUGUGGGGUAUUGGGGCACGGGGCCGAGAUGAGGAGGAAAAUGAGCCGAGAUUUGAGUUGGGUGACAGGAUUGCUGGGUUGAGUGUUGAUCCUUUGGCUGGUAGGAGUGUGCGGCCAAGAAUCGAGGAGAUUGAGUAGGACGCUUUUAUGGUCUACGUUGGAUCAGAACUACUCGUUACGAGUGGAUUGAGUAUGCAAGUGUAUCUUGCACCUAUUUUUGUCAUAUUAUUAGUCAUGCUAGAUUUAGUGCAUAUGUGAUUAAAAGUAAAGAACAUCCCAUCCCAUAACCGCAAUCCUAUGGCAACCCAGAAUUGAACACUGAGAAAGAUAUAGAUACACCGCCAUGAUCAAACAACUAUCCGUCACGACCUUCGUAAAGUAGAGUAUCUCCGCAAAUCCACGCAUCCGGUUUGCCUGCAUGAAUCGACUUGAAGAGCUCAUACGGAACAACAUAUCCGAUGAAAUGGUAAACAAGGUGAACAGCUGGAGACGCGUCGCAAACGCUUUAUCGC